AUGGCUCCCCCAGCAUCUAGGCGUUGGAAGGGAGGGGCCCUGCAGGGGAUGCCAGCAUGCUCCGAAGGAAAGGGGGGUGGCCAGGCUUGUGUGGCUGCCUUUGUGAUGGUUGAGUGGGCAUGGAGAACAAAGUCAGUGAGUAGUAAUGUGGUUCACAAGACGCUUGCCUUCACGACAGGUCUGGAUGAUUGCAGGGGAGACAUGAGCAGGUUUGAAAGCAAUAGGAAAGAAGCCGUAGUAGAGCGAACAGGUGAAGGUGGUGGUCAGGGAGAGAAGAUGGGAGGAGGCAAGUUCUUUGAUAAAGUGCCAAGGAAUAAGACCAAGGUGGGAGACAGUCUCCCCGCCGACGUUUCUCACGUGGCGAGGUCGUACCACGAAAUCCGGCCGGGGUCAGACUGCACCAACAACCAGAAGAGGGUGGCCUCCCCAGUGCUGUCUCCCCUUGCCGAGUGUCUGGAAGGCCCCUGCUGUGACAGAACCCCACCGGCCCCGGGUUCCUGGCUGCGGCGGCACCAGAAGCAGCUGUUGCAGGCCAUCUCCUCCCCACUCCUGGACGAGAUCCUAGGCUCCGCGAAAAAGCAGGAGGUGCUCAGGGGCGAGGAGGCCGGCGAGGGGUGCGAGGCCGCCUCCCUGGCCGGCCAGGUGAAGGCACUGGUUGACCUGGUGGCCAGGAAAGGGACCCAGGGCUCCUGGGCCCUGCAGACCUUCAUCGAGAACUCCGACUCCCAGCUCUGUCACCAUCUCACUGCCAGAACCCCCGGAGUCUAUAACAGUGUCUGUGGAGAUCCUACGAUGCAGAGGUACCUGGAGUUUCUCCACAAAAGAUUCGGGUCGGGCCCAGACCCGACUCUGUCUGCAUCCCAGAGGCUGACCAAACUGCUGCUGGUGGAGGGCUUGACUGACCUCCAGCAGAAAGACCACGAUUUUGUGCAGAUAGAGGCCACCCGAGGUGGGCGUCGGGCCUCCAGGAGCAUCGCCUUCGAGCGGCUCUUCUCGCCCCUGUCCAAGGUCUCCAUCCCGCCCCGGGUCUCGGUGACGGUCGGCGUGGCCGGCAUCGGCAAGAGCUCCACGGUCAAGCUGUACGUCGGCCUGUGGCUCCAGAGGAAGGUGGGCCAGGACAUCAAGUGGGUGCUGCCCCUGAGCUUCCAAGAGCUGAACGCCCUGGAUAAGCUGUCGGCCGAUAGGCUCGUUCACUUGGUCUCUGCGAACGCAUGCGACGCCACCCAAUGCAGCUCGGCCCGCGUCCUGCUGAUCCUGGACGGCCUGGACGAGUUCAAGACCCCCCUGGAUUUUUCCAACACCGUGGUUUGCACCGAUCCCAAAAAGGAGAUCCCGGUGGACGGCCUGGUCACCAACAUUAUCCGGGGGAACCUCUUGCUGGAGGCGUCCGUCUGGGUGACCUCCCGCCCCACGGCGGCUGGCCAGAUCCCCGGGGGCCUGGUGGACCGGAUGACGGAGAUCCGGGGCUUCGAUAAGUCCGAGAUUGAAGACUAUUUGAAUCGCCUGUUCCCGGAGAGCCCGGACCUCGCCGUGCGGGUCCUGAGGCACGUCGGGGCCAAUCCGGCCCUGUACUUACUGUGCACGGUCCCCUCCUUCUGCCGGCUCUGCGGCGUGGUCCUGGGCUGCCUGCUCAAGGGCCGGCCCGACCACCAGCCCCCCGAGGCCUCGUUCCCCAAGUCCCUGUCGGAGCUGUACGCCUCCUACUUCAAAAUGGCGCUGUGUGGGGACUGGCCGGACAGGCCGAAGGAGAGCCUCCGGACGGAGCAGGCCGCCAGCGGCAAGAGACUGCUGGGGGCCCUGGGUCGGCUGGCCUUCGUUGGCUUGGUCAAGAAGAGAUACGUCUUCUCUGAGCCGGACCUCAAGGCCCACGGCGUGGAGCUGUCGCUGCUGCAGGCUAACCCGCGCCAUUGCCUCUUCCUCAAGGAGGAGGCCCAGGGCUCCGUCCACUACUACUUCGCCCACCUGUCUCUGCAGGAGUUCGCGGCCGCUACCUACUACUACGGUGCGGCCAAGCGGGCUCUCUUCGACCUCUUCUCCGAUAACGGCAUGUCCUGGUUCAAGCUGGGCUUCCUCACCCACUACAGGAACGCCCUUCAGAAGGCACUGCAGGCGGAGGACGGGCGCCUGGACGUUUUCCUGCGCUUCCUGUCCGGCCUGCUCUCCCCACGGGUCAACCGGCUCCUGGCCGGCUGGCUGCUGGUCAAGGAGGAGCACGACGGCUACCGGGGCCCCAUCAGGGACCUCCUCCAGGACUGCCUCCGCCCCAAGGCCACCGUCUCCUCCCGCAUGGUCAACAUCAUGCGCUGCCUGCAGGAGCUCCAGUGUCCGGAGCUGGCCCAGACCGUGGAAGAGGCCAUGGCGAGCGAGAGCCUGGCCGGGAAGCUGACCCCCCUCCACCGCUCGGCCCUGGCCUACGUGCUGCAGGUUUCGGAGGCAUGCUCCGACGAGACUAACCUCUCCAGGUGCCUCAACCACGGCAUCCUCGAGAGCCUCCUGGCUCAGAUUCUCUACUGCCGGAACCUCAGGAUGGACAGCAACCAGUUCCAGGACAGUGUGAUGGAACUCCUGGCAAGCGUGCUCAGUGGGAAGGACUGUCUGAUUGAGAAGCUCAGCCUGGCAGAGAACGAGAUUAGCAACAAAGGGGCCAAAGCUCUGGCCAGAUCUCUCAUGGUCAACAGAAGUCUGACUGCACUAGACCUCCGCGGUAACUCCAUCGGGCCUCAAGGAGCCAAAGCCCUGGCGGAUGCUCUGAAGAUUAACCGUGUCCUGCUGUCUCUGAAGCCAGUCUCCCCGGCAGCUAUCACCCGUGACUCUCCUCUCGCUUCUCGCCACAGCCUCCAGAACAACAAGAUAAAGGAUGAUGGCGCCAAGGCCUUAGCUCAUGUCCUUGCAACUAAUAACACGCUCUCCAUUCUCCACUUGCAGAAGAACUCCAUUGGGCCCAUAGGAGCCAAGGCGUUGGCCAGUGCCCUGAGGCAGAACCGGACCCUGAAAAAGCUCAUGUUCUCCGGUAACGGAUGCGGAAAUGAGGGUUCAGAAGCCCUGGCAGAGGCCCUGAAACUGAACCAAGGCCUCAUCACCCUGGACCUGCAGAGCAACUCCAUCAGUAAUGCUGGGAUCCCAGCCCUGACACAAGCCCUCUGCGCUAACAAGACUCUGAUCAACCUGAACCUCCGGGAAAACUCCAUUGGUUCAGAGGGGGCACGUGAGAUCGCCAAUGCACUCCGCACCAACCGGACCCUGAAGGACCUGGACUUGGCAGCAAACCUUCUCCGCGAGGAAGGAGCCCAAGCUCUUGCCGUGGCAGUGAAAGAGAACCAGACUCUCACAUCCCUUCACCUUCAGUGGAACUUCAUUCAGUCGUCUGCUGCCAAGGCCCUGGCCCAAGCACUACAAUUCAACAGGAGUCUGACCAGCUUGUAUUUGCAGGAAAACGAGAUCGGGGAUGAAGGAGCAGCUGCUCUGGCCGGGGCGCUGAAGGUGAACGGCAUCCUUUCGGCCCUCUACCUCCAGAUGACUUCGAUCAGGGUGCUGGGGGCCCAGGCCCUUGGGGAGGCUUUGACGGUGAACAAGACCUUGGAGAUCCUGGACCUCAGAGGGAACGCCAUCGGGUUGGCAGGGGCCAAGGCCAUGGCCAGUGCCCUGAAGGUGAACGCCAGCCUCCGGCUCCUCAAUCUUCAGGAGAACACCCUGGGGAUGGACGGAGCACUCUUCAUCUCGGCCGCGCUGUCUGGUAACCACGGGCUCAAGCAUAUCAACCUCCAAGGAAACGGCAUCGGAGAAAACGGUGCCAAAAUGAUCUCCUCGGCCAUCAAAAACAACGCUCCAAGUUGCAUUGUGGAAAUCUGAGGUCUGAAUUUGGCUGGAAAGUGGCAUGGACAGAGCAAGGCCAAAGGCAACGGCCCGAGGUGGGGAGUCUUCACGCGGAGCCUGGACAUCCAUGGUGACUGCC